AUGUUGCCCCUCCUCAAGCGUAAAUCCUCCGGCGAGGUCGGGGAAGAGGAAACACUCCCUCGCCGAGUCAGAAGCAAGUCGCCGCCGGCGUACGUCCCCUCACAGAUCCCUAAUUUUCUCUUCUCCCACUCAGCCGCCCAAAACACGAACGCAUUAACCCCUCUUUGUCUGGGCAGGUCGCCGUCCAAGCAGAUGGCCGUCGGGCUGUCCCAACCGGAGGUCGAAGGACAGGUUCCGCCGAAUCUAUCUGUGGCUCCUCCUGAGGUCACCGGCGAUGGGACCGUAUCAGAUGCAGAGCUAGGCGUAAAACUGUUUCCUAAUCAACCACCGGAAGUUGCAGCUGCCAUGUGGGUUGAAUUUGUCACCAACGCAAAGCUUUGCAUCGACCACUACAACAAGAAAAAUCAGCAAGAUGGCAGCGAGUACUACCACCUGAAUUUUCAUGCUCAAGACAAGAGUGGGCACUCCCAGCUCUUCUUUGGUGAGAUCGAGGCACGCGGUUAUUCGAAGGAGGAGAAUGUCACUUGCUGUUCCCCAGUUUCGCCUUCCGAUGCAGGUGGGAGAAGCAUCCGAACAAUUGAGGAAGCGCUGAAGCAUGUGUAUCCAGAUUGGGAAACAGUGGACAUGGAUUACGAUCAUUGCUACGCCUGUAUUCCAAGAUUCAAACACCCAAAGGGGUCGUGCUACGUCGCCGGGCACUUUGCUGAUACCCGACAAUACUAUGGGUUCUGA